AUGGACGCGUCUACGCGGUUAUAUGCACGAUUGGGCGAAAUUCCUGAAGAUCCUAAUGACCCCGAGAGUCUUGAUGAUCUGAUCGUUUGCGCUUUUGGGGCAUUCGAGAGGUACUACUUGUGCUGGAAAACAAGAAGCGGCGAGUUCAGGCAAGAUGGCUACGAUCUACCUCUCGCACUAAACGACUGGCUAAACCCGACUGACGGCACAGCACGAGACUGGGCCUCGCUUCAGGUUGUUUUCGGACGCGGUGAAGAAUACUUUGCGUCGGACAAGAACGGGAAACUCGAGUACAAAGAACCAGAAGUCAAGAAACAGGCUGAAGAGGAGGGAAAGGAGAAAUCUGACAGGCAAGCGCUGCGCAGAUCCAGAACAGUUUCGUUCCUGCGACCACUCUCACAGGCCAGCAAUCGAUCCGAUGGCCCGGCUGCCGACCAGCCUGCGAAUAACAGGCGCACAUCAUCCAUCUCAUCUCAUCGAGCGUCGCGGCCCCCCAGCCUUUCAUACUCUACAACAGGAUCAGAAGCUUCUACAGCGCCUCCGAUCAGCAACGAAUCUCAAAGUACUGUUCCAAUCGCAGAGACCUCCUUUGUCUCGCGAUUCACAUCAUUGGGCUCCGGCACAGGUCCAACAGCUGUAACAUCUACACCAGCAGCGGAACUCAAUGCGUUGAUAGCUAUCCCAACCUCGACGUCGAGUACGACUGCUACGCAGGAUGCUCCUUCUUUCUCCAAUCCGCCGCAGCUUUCGAACAAGAACGCGAACCGGUCAGGUAUCACGUCCAUACCUGAAGAGAGAUUCACACACAAAAUCAAGUCGAUCGACACCACCCCUGAAGCAUGUACAUGCGGGUGUCACGACCCACCAAUUCCUUCUGUCCGGCAAUCCACCUACGCCAAUGCCAGCGUCCAAACAGAUCCGACAUCACCGGCACCGAGGUCAGCUCUUCGAGUCGACACAUCCAGUGCUUCCAGAUGGAGCAACAACAACUACAGUGCCGUUUCUCACGACUUGCAAACCCCCAUCUUUGAUAGCUGUUCACCGGCGAUUCCUUUCUCCAUGGGGCGGAUGACAAAUUACUUCAGCAAGCCUGGCUACCAGCUCGGCGAUAGCUUGGCCAGUGGAUAUCAAUAUUGUGAGCAGCCGAUGUAUCAGUACCAAGAUGCAUUUGGGGACGAGGCUUUGCGGUGA